AUGGGGGAGGUUGGCGAUGCGUCGCGAUUCCGGGUCUGGGGCUCUCGUGCCUUUGUCCGCGAUACCACCGCGGACAAGCUCUCCUCUCGCGCCAUUCCCUGCGUCUUCCUUGGCUUUCCCCCUGACGUGCCUGGCUGGCAGUUUUACCACCCCACCUCGCGCCGUGUCUUCCCCUCUCAGGACGUCACGUUUGACAAGUCGGUUCCCUUUUACCGUCUCUUUCCCUACCGCACUGCCCCUCUCCCCCCCCCCCUGCCGCUCUUCCUCGCUCCAGGUCCCCCUCCGGUAGACUACCUCCCCCCUCAGGGUCCUGCUCCUUCAGGUGUCUCUCAGGUAGACCCACUUCCCUUGGCUGAGCCUGUCGAGGUCACUGGUGACUCAGGUGCUGCUGGGGGUAGUCUUGCUCGGGGUGCUGCGUCUGGGGGUGCUGAGCCUGAGCGUGUGGAGCCUGGGGGUGCUGAGCCUGCGGUUGUGGAGCUCGGGGGUACUGAGCCUAGGGGUGCUGCGUCUGGGGGUGCUGAGCUUGCUGGUGCUUAUCGCGCCGCUGGUGACCCAGGUGCUGCUGGGGGUGGUGUUGCUCGGGGUACUGCGUUUGGUGUGCUGAGCCUGCGAAUGCGGAGCCUGGGGGUGUCGAGCCUGAGCCCUGGUGGUACUGCGUCUACUGGUGGUCUUCCGGGUGCCUCGCCGCAGCGGAAUCGCCAGCGCGAGCCCCUCUCACCACAGCAGCUGCGCGAGUGGUUUGCUCAGCGCACCAGCCUUAGGAGUUGCACUGCUAGAGCUGGAGGCGCUGGUACUGGAGGCGCUGGAGCUGUAAGCGCCAGAGCUGGAGGCACUGGAGCUGGAGGUGCUGGAGCUGGAGGUGCUACCACUGGAGGUGCUGGAGCUGGAGGCCAUGGAGCCGGAGGCGCUGGAGCUGGAGGCACUAGAGCUGGAGGUGCUGACGCUGGAGGUGCUGGAGCUGGAGGCGCUGGAGCUGGAGGCGCUGGAGCUGGAGGCACUGGAGCUGGAGGCGUUGGAGCUGGAGGCGCUGGAGCUGGAGGCGUUGACGCUGGAGGCACUGCUGUUGGAGGUGCUGGAGCUGGAGGCCCUGUGCAGCAGCGACCGUUUUUCGUGCUGCCGCCGCAGCUGUCUGAGCUUCCGCCCGAGUCGGUGCUCCGCCAGGUUCUUAGUCUUCCUUCGUCCACUGCCCUUCCUCCGGACUCGCCGCUGCCUGCCCCGUCUCGUUACACUGAGCAGCCGGUCUCCCUUACAGAGCGUCGUGAGCCUGCGUCUCGUCCUGUCUCCCCUGUUCGCGCUGUUCGCACCGCUCGUCGUGUCCCGCGUCCGCGUCCUCCUCCUGUGCCAGGCACUCACACUAUGGCACUUCUCGUCACUGACCCGUCGUUUGAGUCCACAGCUGCGUCUGCCUUAGUUGCUGAGCUUGUGGACUUUGCUGCUGCGUGUCGUCUAGACUACGCCGCCAGUCUUGUUGCUGAGUCUGAGUCUGUGUGUCCUCCGUCCGUCGGGGGUGAGUGUGCUCUUCGCACGGACGUCCUUGAGGACAGGCAGGAGGACUUUGAGUGUCUUGCGGUUGCUGUACCUCAUCUCGUGGCCUGGCUGCUUGCACCUGAGGGAGACCCAGAUGCACUGGACAUCCCGACCCCGCGCUCUUACGCAGAGGCGAUCUCGGGUCCCUACUCCUCUCAGUGGCAGACAGCCAUGGACGCAGAGAUGGCAUCCUGGAAGUCCACAAGCACCUUCGUCGACGAGGUUCCCCCUCGUGAGGCGAACAUAGUCGAUGGCAUGUGGAUUUUCAGGGUGAAGCGGCCGCCGGGUUCUCCGCCUGUCUUCAAGGCUCGUUAUAUUGCACGAGGCUUCAAUCAGCGAGAGGGAGUUGACUUCUUCCAGACCUUCUCCCCCACCCCGAAGAUGACCACUCUUCGGGUGCUGCUGCACGUUGCCGCUCAGCGUGACUACGAGCUUCACUCUCUUGACUUCAGCACAACCUUCUUACAGGGCAACCUGCACGAGGAGAUCUGGCUGCGCCGCCCACCUAGCUUCACUGGGUCGUUCCCUCCUGGUACCCAGUGGAGCCUCCGGCGGCCAGUCUACGGUCUCCGCCAGGCGCCUCGUGAGUGGCACGACACACUGAGGAUGACAUUUGCGGCUCUUGGGUUUGCUCCUUCCACUGCUGACCGUCGCUAUUUCUUCGCACCAACACCUCUCUGCCGCCGUUCUACAUCCUCGUGCAUGGGGCUGGUGCUUGGAGGACGGGGUGACAUUGUCCUCACUGGACACUCAGACGCCUCUUGGGUUGACGACCUGGCUACGCAGGGUUCGUCACAGGGUUACACCUUCAGCCUUGGUUCUGUCUCUUGGCGGGCUACCCGUUCUUCUGUUCUCAGCUCCAGUUGUGAGGUUGAGAUCUACGCUGCAGUCAUGGCUGUUCAAGAGUUACGCUGGCUCACCUACCUGCUGACUGACUUGGGAGAGCGGCCUCGUUCUCCUCCAGUUCUAUACGUCGACAACAAGGCUGCCCUCACCUUGUGUGAGGAGCACAGACUGGAGCACGGAACGAAGCACAUCGCUCUGCGUUACUUUCUUGCUCGAGAGCUGCAGCAGCGUGGCCAGCUUCAUCUUUCUUACAUGGACACGCGGGCCAACACAGCUGAUGUCUUCACCAAGGCACUUCCGCCUAGUGAUCAUCAGCGUCACUGCACUGCUUUAGGCCUCGUGCCUACGUUCUCUCACUUGCUCACUGCUUGA